AUGAAUGACGGUACACUCGUCAUUCGUGGAGAGAAAAUUCCGUCGCGAAAUGUAGGUGGUGUUGGUUUUGUUGUGCACCCGUCUGUCGUCCAUCUUGUCGGUUCUCACGAGAUCCUGUCACCUCGUCUGGCCAUUCUUCGCCUCCUCCCUCUCCGCCAAAAAUCCAUCUGUAUCAUCAAUUGCUACUCACCAACAUCAGCAGCUGAUGAAUCCGAAUUACGAGGAGCUGGAGGAAGUAGUCUGCAACGAGAAGUCCUUCUACAAAUUUGUUGUCGGAGACUUCAACGCAAAACUAGGAAAGACCACAGAAGAGGAAUGCAGGAUUGGAAGAUUUGGGUUAGGGGACCGGAAUAA